ACUUUACUGUCAGUAUAGUCAUGUAUACUUAACUGUCAUUUUAAUUUCUUAUGAGUACAUAAAAAGUGACUGAAAGUAUACUUUCUUAUUUUAGUUUAAAAGAAGUGCGUUAGAAAUGGCACACUAAAAUAAAAAUGUUAAUUGAUGUUUUUUACUGGUUGCUUGGAAUUUAUUAUUCAAAUAUUAAACCAGAUUAUCCAGAAUUCUGCCUCUUAUUCAUUUAUAACUCAAAAUUUCUGAAACUGUCCUGUGAUAUAAAUUGGAACAGACACUCAAUAGCUCAUCAAGGUCAAAGAGGAAACACUCGCUGCAAGAAGCCUUCCUGGAACUCUUUGUCUGGAUGUUCUUUUUGAGAGCUCAGACCUGGAUCUCUGUUUGAUAGCCGGGGGCAACUUCUCUGAUAAAACCAUUAGUCAUGGGGGGUUUCAUUAUUACCAACCAUACAAGUCAGACCAUCAGUGUAGAAUAAAAUGUAUUUUGAACUGGAUAAUCUCAGCUAAAAUAUCACAAAGAAAAAAAUGCAGUUCAGUCAACAAGGUUGGGGUCACUCUUUUCUAGAUUGAUUUUGAACUUUCUCCUGGUCAGCAUGUUUGGCAAUUUAGAUUACGGCUGCACAGAACAAGAAUCUAGUCUUUUGGUAAAGACACUUUUUAUCCAAGGCUCUUUAUAGUGCAUUGAAGCUAUUCAUUUAAUCAGUACAUCUUCUCCAUGAAGCUUUGAACCUGGAAUCUCUUGCCCCACAUUUAGGAAAAAACAAAACCCCUUUGACACUGACUAUGGUUUGUGAAUGUGAAAUACAAAAAACUCAAUCAGAUUUUUCCACUCACAAAAGGUGACAGAGAUUCACCUUAAAUCAUCCUGAAAAUAAAAUCGUCCACCACAGGAUGGAGUACUAAAGUUCAGACUAGGAAGCAUGGAUGGAUGUAGAGACAAGUUUUUUUACUUCAUUUUAAUACAUUCAUUCCACACAAGUGAGGAAAUGGCUUGGGCUACCAAAAUGCUUUUGCAACAUAGGGCUGUACGGGAAUGGAGCUCUCUCUCUUCCCAUUUCAAGCCUUGUGGAGGAAUAUAAUGCCCCAAAACAAGGCUGGAGAUGAUGCUCAAAGAAUCCUGUGAUCCCUGUGUAAGAGAUGCUGCUACAACAGUAGCGACAGGGAAGAAAUGGAACCCAGCAACAGCGGUAGCAGAUGCGAAGGCAGCCCUCAGACAUAGGGACAUCGUGGGACAAGUUCAAUAUGUCAGAUGGGGACUUGGUUUGGGAUCAACCACACCCAGAUGGCGAAAAGCUACACCAAAAGAACAGUGACACCUGUUGGUGGAGGAGGUUUAUCGUCAAGAAGAAGCAAGUACAUGCGCCAGAGCGGUCUCUCAAGUCCAGCAAGGCUGCUGGAUGAGGAGGGAAGGCAUUGAACGGCGCAAAAUCACUUGGAGUGAGCUGUGGAGGGGGUCAGAAAAAGCGGGCCAAGCCCUUAUCCCCAUAUUUAUGGCUGCUGAGUAUAGCCAGGGAUUGGGAAAUGCGAGUUGAUUUAAACCACAGACUUACUUUCCCCUUGGAAAUCGCAGUGACCAAUCUACGGCCGGACAUGAUUCUGUUGUCCAGCUCCAGUAGGACAGUCCUCAUAGUUGAGUUGACUGUACCUUGGGAAGAGGCCAUUAACGAAGCAUUUGAAAGAAAGAAUCUCCGGUAUGCCAACUUGGCAGCAGAGGCUGAAGAUCAGGGAUGGACAGUGAAAGUGUUCCCGGUGGAAGUGGGCUGCAGGGGCUUUAUUUCCAAUCCCACUACAAGGCUGCUUAAGGAAGUGGGGAUCAGAGGACAGGCCCAACAGACGGCAGUCAAAGAACUUGCCACUGUUGCUGAGAGAAGCAGCCACUGGCUGUGGCUGAAACAGAACGACACAAUAUGGGCUGCCAAAUGACCACAUAAUAAAAUGGUGUUGUGUGUUGUAAUGUUAUGACAUACGGGACAGGGGGCACUGAGCAUGCAUUAACAGUGCCAGUCGGGCUAGAACAACCUUAGCCAACGGGUUGGUGUGUAUGGUUGCGUUGAGGUGUGAUGCCACCGAGCUACCAGCAAAGCAAGUGUUUUGAGGCUGCAGCCACUAAUCUGGAUGAGCAAACUGACACAGGAAGUGGGGUUCAGAGGACGGUCCAGUGGAGGAUAAUCAAGAACUGGCCAGUGGUGCGGAAAGAAGCCACUGGCUGUGGUUGAGGCAGAUGGACACAGCAUGGGCUGCCAAAUGACCAUAUAACAAUGUGACACACACCCAGAUCUGAUCAACCAGCGGUGGGCCUCCCUUGCCUUGUCUUGUGAUAAAGGGCCGAAACACCCAAUGAGGCUGAGGUGCACAACUGACGAUGUGUCGCAUUGUUGGGAACCAUACAAAGGGCAUUAUCAGCAGCACCUCACCAAAAGGCAUCUUUCACCCAGGAUAAUGGAUGUGAUGAAAGUGGGAUCGGACACACAACUCAUGAGAUGUCUCUCUGAUAACAGCAAGGAAAGGUAAGUAUGCUAUGUAUUUCUAUAAUUUAUCCCCCAAACACAGAGGAUGCCUACCCGACGAACCCAGUGAAACCUCAGACCUCCUUUCCUCUAUUCAUAUUCUUGACUACUCCCCCUGUCAUGCAUAAUGCGUGGGAAAUGUCCUAUUGGGCAAUUAAACUGGGCUGAAAUAGUGGGAUUAUAACACCUUGUCCUAUUAAGCGAAUAUACAUAACUCAUCAUAUUCAUGUUUCACCAAUACUUUGCCUUGAUGUUGUUGUAAAAAUGUUUUUCAAACCCCCCAAAACAUAUUUUUGUUAAAUGUUAUCUGACUGUGUACGUUGCGUGUGUACGAACACUUAUUUAUUACUGUGUAUUUUUGUCAAGCACGUAGCACUUCAUAAACUAUGUUUAUCAUGACUUUGUCUCUAAGGCCCAAUGGUCAUUUCGUUGUUUCUUUAGCAUCCGCUGGUGUCAGACCUUUUAAGGCAUCAUAUUAAUCACCUGUGUCCUGUUAGCAGAUAACAGCUAUCUUGCCUAUUUUUGUUUAAGAUUUAAAUUACAAGCCCUGACAAAGGACAGAACGUUUGUUACAAGUUAGUUUCUAAUAGUCUAAGAUGAGUUAUUAAAUGUGCAAAAUUGAAAUACAUCUGAAUUCGACAGUCGGUUAUUUUACUUGCUUGUUUUUGUCAUUUUUAUACAAUUUCUCAAAAUAGUAUUUUAAAUAUAUUAGUACAACUACCAAUGUUUACGUAGUUGCAUUGGAAACGUAGCUGGCGCAAUCCAGUCGGCACGUGCAUGCUGCUACUGCAAAAAAAUCAGUUUUAAAGUUACAAAUAUGAGCAACAACGGGGAGUUUACAAGCACAUCUGUGUCGUAUUUUUAAAAGCGUGGCCUUCAGGAGGAACCAGCCCUAUCACUUUUGUGGUAAUCUGAAAAGUAUGUAAUCUGCCGGCACUAUCAGAAGCUCUCUUGAGUAAGAAGAGUGCCGUCUCUCCAGCGGUUUGUAAAUGGACUCUAAAGACAAGCGACAGCACCAUGUGACCGCUGUGAAGUGGCCGGCAGCGCUCGCGAGCGGAGGCCUUAUCUCUGAAGGAGAAAGCGAUGGCUGGGAGCAGUGAUGGCACCUUCGCUCUCUGGCCAGAGCUGUAACAUGAAAACGUCUGUCCUGGCUGGCAACAGAGCUAAAGUGGAUCUAUUUCAGGUGCUGCACUUCGGGAGGCUGGUGCGCAGAGACAUGACAGAAUGGACGCUGCUCAAGAGGCUGCUGGACGCCGUGCACCAGCACUCCACCAUGAUCGGACGCCUGUGGCUCACCGUCAUGGUCAUCUUCCGUCUGCUCAUCGUGGCCGUGGCGACCGAGGACGUCUACACGGACGAGCAGGAGAUGUUCAUCUGCAACACUUUGCAACCGGGGUGCCCCAACGUCUGCUACGACGCCUUCGCCCCCAUCUCGCAACCAAGAUUCUGGGUCUUCCAGAUCAUCACUGUUUCUACGCCUUCGCUUUGCUUCAUCAUCUACACUUGGCACAAUCUGUCCAAGCAGCCGGACGGCGAGCAGCCCAGGGAGGCGUACGACCGCAGCUGCGACUCGGACAGUUGUUCCAUCAAGUCGCACAGACACCUUGGCCACAGUCUCGCAGACAUCCUUGAGGGCAUCACCAACCAGAGCGCCCAGAAGAGCUCAGCGGUCUUGCGGGAGGCCAGUGCUCCAACCAGAAGCUCCUCGGGGGUUCUAUCCAAGUACUACGUCUUCCACGUAUGCUUCCGUGCCGUCUUGGAGGUCGCCUUCGUCGUAGCUCAGUGGCUCCUCUUCGGUUUCUACGUCCCGGCUCACUUCGUGUGCACGGCGUCUCCUUGCAUGCAAAGGGUGGACUGUUACGUCUCCCGCCCCACCGAGAAAACCAUCUUCUUGAUCUUCAUGUUCUGCGUCGGGGUCUUCUGCAUCUUCCUCAACUUCUUGGAGCUCAAUCAUCUGGGCUGGAAAAUGAUCAAGAAGUCCAUGCUCAUCAAGGACGGCUCUUGGAAAGGUGGAUAUGGGGCUAUCAACCAAGACACCCAAUCCAUCGCCUCGUUGGCCUACAGAGACGUGACCAGCACUGCGUCUCUACCUACCUUGGAUCUAGUAGUGGAGCAUCAGCCGGAUUGGACCUGCGCUGGGAACUGUUCAACGAACAAAGAAAAGGAUUCCCGGCAAGCGAACGCCCACCGUGGAACACAGCCUUCGAAGAGUAAAUCGCAGACGAAUAAAGGAAGAGGGACAAAGCAAAGGAGCGCUGAGGUUUGGAUAUAAACUGAAGUAAAUGUUAUAUGGGACUUGCGGACAAAGUCUUAAAUUCUUUAU